CAAUUAACAUUGAGCCAGGCUGCUGGACCACCCUCUCUACACUUUGCAUAAACCAAGCCACAUAAAUUUUCUUCACGUUUUUCCAAUGGCUAACCAAAACUCACUCCCUCUACACGAAAGAAUAGAGCUUAGAUACACUCUGCAUAAAGUCAUUGAGUUCAUAAUCCUCUUCCUCCUCCUUUCACUCCUCGUUCAUCGUCUUCUCUCUUUCAACAACCAUGGUUUCGCUUGGCUCAUUGCUUUCCUGUGUGAACUCUCAUUCACCUUAAAUUGGGUCAUCACCAUAAGCAACAAAUGGAACAUUGUCGAAUAUAAAACCUACCCUGACCGCCUCUUACAACGGGUUUCUAAGCAUGAACUCCCUCCGGUGGACAUGUUUGUGACAACUGCAGACUCGAAGUUGGAACCACCUAUUAUUACCAUAAACACUGUUUUGUCUCUGUUGGCUGUGGACUACCCAACAAACAAGCUAGCUUGCUAUGUAUCUGAUGAUGGCUGUUCUCCCCUCACCUUCUACUCGCUUUCGGAAGCAUCAAAGUUUGCCAUGCUUUGGGUUCCAUUCUGCAAGAAAUACAAUGUUCAAGUUAGAGCUCCUUUUAGAUACUUCUCAAAUAAUAAUGCCACAUUUUCCAGCAAUGACUCGAGUGAAUUCAAGCAAGAAUGGACAUUAUUGAAGGAUGAGUACGAGCAGCUUAGCCGCAAAAUUGAGGAUGCGGUGGGAAAAUCUAUUCCAUUCGAUGUUAGCCAAGACUUUGCAGUUUUUUCAAAUAUAGAACGUAAUAAUCACCCAACAAUUAUCAAGGUUCUAUGGGAGAACAAGGAAGAUGUUUCAGAUGGACCGCCACAUUUGAUUUAUAUAUCAAGAGAAAAACGGCCAAAGCAUCCCCAUCAUUCCAAAGCCGGGGCCAUGAAUGUUUUGACUAGAGUCUCUGGGUUAAUGACCAAUGCGCCCUUCAUGCUGAACGUAGACUGCGAUAUGUUUGUCAACAACCCAAACAUUAUGUUGCAUGCAAUGUGUACGUUGCUCGGAUCCGAGAACGAAACCAAAAAUGCGUUUGCUCAGUUUCCACAGAUCUUCUAUGACGGACUCAAGGAUGAUCCAUUCGGGAAUCAGAUGGUAGUUUUGUGGAAGUAUGUGGGGCAUGGAAUAGCAGGAAUUCAAGGCCCUAUUUAUGCGGGAACAGGAUGUGUUCAUAGACGAAAAGUUAUCUAUGGUCUAUCCCCUACUGAUACCAAAACCGGAGAAAGAUACCCUAAUAUUGGUAGUGGAAAUGUAGAAAUGCUUAAAACUUUUGGGACUUCAGAAGAAUUCACCAAAUCAGCUGGUGAUGCCUUGCAAGGGAAUACAGAACGUGUAAACAUGUCUUCGAAAUCCGUUAAGGCUGCACACCGAGUUGGAGAAUGUGAGUACGAAUAUGGCACCAAUUGGGGUAUAAAGGUGGGAUGGAGGUAUGGAUCAACAACAGAAGAUAUCCUUACUGGCCUUUCAAUCCAUAACAAAGGUUGGAAUUCUAUUUUUUGUACACCAGACCCACCGGCGUUUCUAGGAUGUGCACCUACAGGUGGUCCUGAUUCCAUGACCCAGCAGAAGAGAUGGGCAACAGGCUUGCUUGAAAUCCUGCUUAGUAAAAAUUGUCCCAUAUUUGGCACUCUAUUUGGAAAUCUCCAAUUUAGGAUGUUCUUGGGUUACUUCUGGGUCCUUUCUUGGGGCCUACGUUGUAUUCCUGAGCUGUGUUAUGCUGCUCUGCCAGCUUAUAGUAUCAUCACCAACACACAUUUCUUACCCAAGGGCCAAGAACCAACCUACUAUAUACCCAUAGCUCUCUUCGUCCUUUACCAUAUUUACACUUUAUCGGAGUACCUUCAAACCGGUCUAUCGAUCCGAGCAUGGUGGAAUAACCAAAGAAUGGGAAGAAUAACUGUAAUGAGUGCUUGGUUAUUUGGAUUUAUUAGUGUCAUACUCAAACUCUUAGGGAUAUCUGAGACAGCCUUUGAAGUUACCAGAAAAGAUCAAUCUACUUCAAGUGAUGAAGGCUCUGAAGACACUGAAGCUGGCAGAUUCACAUUUGACAAGUCUCCAAUUUUCGUGCCUCCCACAACUAUUUUGCUGGUGCAGUUAACCGCGCUUGCUACUGCUUUCUUGGGCCUGCGGCCGCAAGAUCAAGAUGAGCUAGGGUCGGGCUCCUUGGAGGUUAUAAGUAGUGUGUGGUUGGUGUUAUGCCUCUGGCCAUUUUUGAAAGGGUUGUUUGGUACUGGGAAGUAUGGAAUUCCCCUAUCCACCAUAUCUAAGUCUGUUGGUUUCACGCUACUGUUCUACACCUUGUGUAGAAAUUAGAGUGAUGCUCCUAAGCUCACUUAUGACUAGUUGUCUGGCGUUGAUGCAAAUGGGUCUCACAUCUCAUCAACCGCUUACAACUGCUGAAGUGCGCAUUGGCGGAAACUGUUGCUAACUCUCAUGCUUCUGAACCAUAAACGGUGGUAGUACUACCCUAGCGCUCACCAUCGAAAACCAAAAUUUUCUUGGGUUUAGUAUCUAAUUCUGUAGAGUGUAUGCUAUAUUUUCAACUUGGUAAAACAUCCUUUAGAAGAUAUAUGAUAUCACAUGCUUAUCUGGUUUACUAUAUAAUUAAGCAUUCCCAUGUGAUUAACUUUGGGACUA